CUAUGCCUGUUCUAGGAGAUAAAGAAGUGCCAUUAAACAUGUUCUUCCAGUACCUCACACUCACACUUCAGCUCAAAAUUUGUAAACUGUUACACAUGUCUCAAGAAAUCCACACAUACGUGUGCUGUACACAUGAGCUUAAAGCAGGCAUCCCCAAACUUCAGCCCUCCAGAUGUUUUGGACUACAAUUCCCAUCUUCCCCGACCACUGGUCCUGUUAGCUAGGGAUCAUGGGAGUUGUAGGCCCAAACAUCUGGAGGGCUGCAGCUUGGGGGUGCCUGGCUUAAAGCAUUCUUGCAAGAGGGAAAUCUUUUAUGCAGAGCAACCAUGCCCCAUCCUGGAAAAGUACAGUAUCUACACUCUGAGAGGCUUCCAACACAUAUAAAAACAUGAUAAAGCUAUACUAGUCUGCUUCUAGAUGCCUUCUAAAGAUUGUAAAGCUACAUCUCAUUGACUCAGGGGCUGCAUAACUCCAUACCCUCCAACAUUUCUCUGAUGAAAAUAGGGACGUCCUAAGAACUGUCCCUGGAAAAUAGGGGAACUUGGAGGGUCUGUAAGGACUGUCUAUCUUGAUACAUUUUCUUGUCAUCAUAAGCUUUUUAGAAUUGUGCUAUUGUCUCUGGGUCAUGUUGUCAUACCACACAACUGUUCCAAUUCAUUUCAUGAGAGUCAGAUACUUUCUGUCUCUACUUCCUGCCUUUGAUUUAAAAUUUACUUUUAGUGCUAUUGCCCACCCUCAAAAGGAAUAUGUCUAUUCUCUUGACUGAUUAUUCUUACACAAUUGGGUUGCCACAGGGACUUGUGCUUAGAUACCAAGAAUGUGAGAGAUAAUUAUAUAGAAGGUGCCCAGGUGAGCAUGUUUACUUGCUUGGGGCCAGGGGCCAGGUAGCAGCAGAAGAGUGUGGAGAGAAGGAAGUCGCCUUUGGGGCUUCUUGCUCAAAAUAUGCUUCUUGUCUCCCCCACCUCCAUUCUUCGAAACAAUGCAGGAAAAGAUGUGCCUAAUGAAGUUGAAUUACCUGAAAGUUUUCUCACCACAGGCAUGGAAGAACUGACAGAGCACAUUUCUACCUGUUACUUAAUGCUGUAGAUGCCAGUAAAAAGUUCUCUGCAGCUGAAUUUGAAUACCUUUGAGGGGAAGAACCCUUGAAGGAGAGGAAAGUUGAACUUUCUCCUGCUUCCUCUGGCUUGGAUUAAAUUUCAAUUUCAUUUAAAUUUCACAGCAAGAGAAAAGUUCUUCCCCUACCCAUCUGUCAUUCAUGGAUGAUGUUGUUCUAUACCAGGGUGGUCCAAUUUUUCAUUCCAAGUGGGCUGGAAGAGUACUUUAAAAUAAACCUGUGGGUCACUCAUUGCUUUGCUGCACAGAAGGAGCAAGUGAGCCCAAAAUUUGACAACCUCCAACCAGACGUCAUGCUGGCUAAGCAUGGUCUAGGUCUAGGGCUUUGGGAAGGAGAAGGCCUGAGGCUCUGGCAGCAUUCUAGAGCCCCCUCACUUCCUUCUCAAAGCUGGAAAAGCACUAACUAGGCUUUGUGAUGGAGGCAGGAGGACUCUGGGACCCUGUCAGAGCCACCCUUCAUGCCUCCUUCCCAAAGCCCAGCACCUUGCUUACCAGGCUUUGGGAAGGAAUUUGAGUGCGGUGGGGGCAUCAAAUGCUAAGAGCCACCAAAAAGGGCCUUGGGGGCUGCAUGUGGCCCUUGGGCUGCGUGUUGGACCACCCUGUUUUGCUAAGUUUAGUUACAUGUUUCGUUGAGAUACAUAACUAUUUUAAGGCACAAUAAGAUUACUCAGGAAUUUUUCCACAAAGAAAGCUUAGCCCUAAUUUUUAAUUGAUACCAAAAAUGAUCUAGAGGCAGGCGUGACAAUAAGUACUUCUCAAAUAUAUUAAAUUACUACAAAAAUAUUCUGUUUCCUUCAUCCAUAUCCGAUGUCCAAGCUGGAAAAUGCAUCGGGUAAGAAACUUGUGACUGAACGUGGCUGAAAACACACCAAAUAUUGACAGUGUUUUCAACAGCAGAUAUUGAUUGCACAUCGGUUAUUUGUACCAUGCAGUCUAAAUUAAUGCUUCUUCUUUUCACGAGGGUGAUUGCUUCACUAUCUGUGUUGUAACACACUUCCUGUACAUCCAGACUAGCAAUCUCCAAGUGACCUUCAGUUCAGCUUGUUCAUUGGCCAUGAAAGCCAGCCCACUUUAUUCAGCCUUCGUAUGAUUUGCUGCACUACAUUUGACAAAGGUAGAUAAGGCAGUGGGGAAUCAUAUACUGUAUUUCCUUUCAGGGUGGGUGGGUGGCUUAGUUGAUUUCGGUCAAAACUUGGUGGCAUAUUCAGAAUUUAUUUGCUGCCAAAUAGAGCAAUUAUUUCUAGAUGCUGGUUGAAAUCGGGAAAUGCCAGCUCAGAUCUGACUAGGAAUCUACUCACAGAGGGGUCUGGCAGCUGGGCUAUCAUCCUUACUGGCAUUAGGAUGCCCAUUGAUGGAUAAAAGGGUGAGGUUGUCGGUGAUGGGAGGGUGGUUGUGUUUGAAUGUGGGUAUCAUGGUUUAAAAAUAUAUAUUACAGUCAGACCUUGGUUUUCGGACAGCUUAGUUCUCAAACAUUUUGGCUCCCGAACCCGCAAACUCGGAAGAGAGCGUUCUGGUUUGUGAACUAUUUUUGGAAGCUGAACAUUGGACGGGGCUUCCUGCAGCCAAUCAGAAGCCGCACUUUGGUUUUCGAACAUUUUGGGAAUUGAACGAACUUCAGGAACAGAUUCUAUUCGACUUCCAAGGUACGACUGUAUUUAAUGGUUGUGUUCAAGAAAAUGUGCAUUGAUAUCAGUUACAUGUAAGUCUGCACCCAACCUUGAUGUCGAAGAGCAUAGAAAUUAACCUAUUUUCAGCCCAGGUCUAGAGUUUAUGUUGAUGAUUGACCCACCCUUCCUAAUGGAACACAUACUGGAAAUAAAGGAACUAAGAUUAUUUAGAGAAGGUUGGAGUUGGGGUUUGGCUGGGGCUCUAAUAAGCAGCUUUGUUUUCUGCUUGUCUUUCUUAAGAGGUUUGCUGGAUAUAUUUGACCAAAAGAAGAGCCUCAGAGGAAGAUGGAAGUGGCUGUAACAGGAGCUCUGCUCCUUCUCUGGGUUCUCUUCUUCUUCAUUUUCUCAUCCUUAAAAAUGUACAAGAAGAAAAGCCAGCUACCUCCAGGACCCACUCCCUGGUUCCUCCUGGGGAACCUGCUGCAGAAAGAUGUCCUGCCUGUGAGCAAAAACGUUUCAAAGCUCAUGGAUAAAUGGGGUCCUAUCUUUACUGUCUGGAUGGGUCCCAAGCCCAUGGUGGUACUCUGUGGAUACGAAGUGGUGAAAGAUGCUCUGUUGGAUCAUGCUGAAGAAUUUGGUGGGCGUCCUACUUUGCCUUUCUUUCAAACAGUGAAUAACGGUUGUAAAGGACUGUCCUGCAGUACUGAGAAAAAAUGGAGAGAGCUGCGCCGGUUCACACUCACCACCCUGCGGGAUUUUGGAAUGGGGAAGAAAACAAUGUCCAAGAGGGUACAGGAGGAAGCUCUCUGUCUGGUGGAGGCAAUGGCAACCACAAAAGGCCAGCUCUUUGAUGUCAGAAAAUACAUAAGGAUUGCCGUUUCUAAUGUGCUCUGCUCUGUUGUCUUUGGGAGUCGGUUUGACUACAAAGAUCAGGUCCUCCUGGAGAAGCUGCGUAUCAUGGAGUCUUUCGUGAGCUACCUUGUGAGUUAUACGGGACAGAUUUAUAAUGUGUUCCCGAAAAUAAUGCCUUACCUGCCUGGACAGCACAAAAAGAUUUUAGGAGAUUUUGAAACAUUGCAUGCUUACAUCAAUAAGAGCGUGGAAUCCCACAGGGAGACCCUGGAUUAUCAGGACCCCCGGGACUAUAUUGACUGCUUCCUUAUGAAGUCAGAGAAGGAACAAACCAAUCAUGAGGCCAUCUACAGCCAAGAGGAGCUUAUCAUUUGUGUGCAGGAGCUCUUUAUUGCUGGGUCAUUGAGCACAAGUGAAUUCUUGACCCAUGCCCUCCUGGUGAUGGCUAGAUUGCCACACAUUCAAGAAAAAGUUCAACGGGAGAUUGAUGAGGUGGUAGGUGCCAACCGUAUCCCUGGCAUGGAAGAUAGGGUGGGGAUGCCUUACACCAAUGCUGUUCUCCAUGAGAUUCAACGAUAUGAUAAAGGGAGCAUUGAGAGCUUCCCGCGUGAAACAACAUGUCCUACAAAAUUCCGGGGCUAUCUUAUCCCCCAGGGUACGACCAUCUGUUCAGAUAUGGCAUCUGUGCACUUUGAUCCUCUCCAGUGGGAGAAUCCAGAAGAGUUUAACCCGGGUCAUUUCUUGGAUGAGAAGGGCCAGUUCCGGAACAGGGUUGCCUUCAUGCCUUUUUCUGCAGGAAAACGGGCAUGCCCAGGGGAAGCCCUGGCUCGGAUGGAGCUGUUCCUGUUCUUCGGUGCUCUGCUCCAGAACUUCACCUUCCAGCUGAUUGGAGAUGCCAAAGACAAGGAUAUAUUCACUUUGUAUGAGGAUAGUGGCCUGAAGCCAGGAGACUUGCCACUGAAAUUCAUUAGACGUUCAAUAUGAUCCAGUGACAGCAACUAAGCAGAAUGGAUGGUGCCAAUGCUUUUCAGAUAAUUUGAUGUAGGAAGAACAUGAUUACUGGGAGAACUGAAUCACACAUUACUUAGAAAAACUAUAUUUUCCAAACUAUAGAUCACAUCAUGCUGCUGGGGCUGCUGGGAGUUGUAGUGCAACACUUGGAAAACCACAGCUGAGCCACUACUACAUUAGAAGAAUCAAUCCAGAAAUAAGUAGUGAUAGAUAAAGUAAAAGGGCAAAGAUAAAUAAAUCUCUGGGAGCAGAUGGAAUCUCAGUGUUAAGACCUUUAGGAGUAUAUUAGCCCAAUAACUUUCUAAAGUGAAGAAUGAGAUAUUAUAAAUCGGAAAAUUACUUGAAUUCUGUAACAGGGCUAUAACAAUAGCAUUUUUAUCUAAAAAGGAACAUUAUUAAAAAUCAUAUAGAAGAGGAAGAUGGAUUUUGCUUAAUGAAGGAUAAUAUUAGGAAAAUAAUAAAUCUAGCUAUGCAUCUGCAGCAGCUCAACUGGACAUCUUCAUCUGCCCCAGCUGCAGCAAAUCAUAUCUAUUCCAUAUCUACAGCCACGGCAGGUGCUGUAACCCUCCAGCAGUUUGACCUCAGCCACAAAGUUGCACUCCUCCAUUGUCUCCUGAGACAGAUGAAUCCCAACAACUUCAUUUAUGCAUGAAAAACAAAUCUUGAACAAGUAUUUACAUUUCCAGAUGCAGAAAAAGCAUUUGAUAAUAUCACGUGUCAGUUUCUUCUUGAAAGUGUAGACAUUUUAAACUUCACAAUAAAUUGUAUUAAUCAAAGAUAGAGAUUCAUCAACAACAGUAUAAUUAAAGUAGUAGUCAAAUCAAACACCUGCAUCUCUCCCCCACCCUUUUUCUUUGUUGGUAAAAUGGGAUGAAAUUACAGGCAUAGUAUAGUAGAUCCUUUGAGGGGCAUGAAACUUGCCACAUAUUUGAUAAAUGGGUGCAAGAAAUCUUGGGCUGUGAUUUUUUAAUGGUUUAAUGCUCUUCUUUGUGGAUAACUGUGUGCACCACCACACUUGGCAUCUGAGACAAUUGGUAAAAAGACCCUCCCCUCAUAAAGAACAGCUUCCUUUGCUCUUCCAGAGAGGUUACAGAUUUUCACUUUUGUACACAGUUUUUAUAUUCCUCUCCAUUUCCCCAUGAAUGGUAGCCGCACCCCUUCGAGCCAGCACUGUAUCAACUUUGGACUUCCCUAACAUUCCUCAGUUCUACAUAUGUUUUUCUUGCAUCUUCUGCCCAUCACUUGC